AUGGGCAACUCCUCCUCUUCCUCGGGGCGGGGCCACCACGACGACACAGUCGACUAUGGCUCCCUCGUUCCCCAGGGCGUCUACACCGGUCCUCGAGACUGGAAUCAGCCUGUUGUCUCCCAGCUCAUUGUCGCCCGCAGACUCGCCCCUUUCUAUCGCCCUCUCGAAGACUAUGACGACUCAUGGGACGAUGACCAAAUCCUCGCCGCCAGAAAGGAGCUCCCAGAUCCUGACAGCGCCGAUACAGUCACACGAAUAGAGGCCACCGCAAUGGCUUCCUCCUCCAGCAAGUCUAAACGGCCGGGGUCGCUCAAGGAGCCGGUCAAACCAGAAGCUCAGGUUUAUAGGGGUGCUGUAGAGUGUCCCAUUUGUUUCCUGUACUAUCCGCCUAACAUCAACCACUCCAGAUGUUGUGAUCAGGCUAUUUGUACAGAGUGCUUCGUCCAGAUCAAACGCAAUGAGCCCACGGCUACCCAUUUGGUUUCCGAGUAUGCCGCAUGUCCUUAUUGCGUUCAAGAGAACUUUGGUGUGGUAUACACUCCUCCUCCCUGGCGAGCUGGUCUGGGCAGCGAUGGCGCGAAUGGCAUCUGGUCGGAGCAGCGGGAGCCAGCGGCAGUGCCUACGCACAAACGAAGGCAGAAGAGCUUCGGAGCGGACAGUCCGGAAGUAGUCACAACAGAUCAAAUACGACCUGAUUGGGAGGCGAAGCUCGAGGCCGUUCGUGCUGCGGUUGCAAGACGCGCCAACAGGCGUAUCAUUAUGCGGCAAGUUGGUGAUCGUCUGAUUCCAGUCGGUAUUACAAGCGGGCGUGUGCACACCCUGAGUCCGGAGGAGGCAGCAGCAGCAGGUGCUGCUGUAGAAGGAAGUUCAGGUCGGAGAGGUCGCAGACGUGGGCAGCAGAACGGAGCAUUCGAUCAAUACGUGGGCAUGUCAGGACAAGACCUCGAGGAAUUGAUGCUAAUGGAAGCAAUGCGCCUGUCAUUGCUGGAUCAUGAAGAAUAUCAACGGAAAGAGGCUGAAGAGAAGAAGAAGCGGGAAGCUGCUGAAGCUGCAGCAGCUGCAGGAGAGGGUUCUGACAGAGCGCCUGCAGUGCCAGCCGAAGCUGAAUGUACAGACCACUCAGCUCCUGGUCCAGGACCAUCGACUUUAGAGGCUCGCGCUACCCUUCACCCCUCAAGUUCCUCCAAUCUAUCAACGCCUCCUUCCUCGCAUUCGCGCUCUCCCAGCCCUGCAGCUCAGAGGCACAACAAAGUUGAUUCACAAGAUUCGUUAUCUCCUGGUCGUAAGUCAUGGUCCUUCUCCCGAAGCCGCACACCACCUCCACCCCCUAAUCCCGUCCCAAACCUCCCUUUGAGCGAAGAUAACCAGGCCGCCUGGCGAAAUCGUUCGGCUGGCCCUCCUGCAUUCAGCACAUUGAGUGCUGCGCUGACAUCUACGUCAACAGCUGCCGCUGUCCUUGGAACUGCCGAGCGUGGCUCGUCGCGGUCUGUCACACCCGAACCCGUCCCAGCCUCCUCAACAACGUCCUCCUCUACGUCGGCGGCGCCACCUGCGGCUGCAGGUGCCCAAAAUACGGCUGACGUCCCGAUACCGACGAUCACGGUUGUUAAUAACGAUCCUCGUAAUGGCGGUCGAGCAACCCCGGGUGGGGUAGCUCAACCUGCUUCAUCACAGUCUUCUGAGGAUAGCGCUGAUUCUUCGCUUUCGUCACCGCCGCUUCCACCUCUUCCAACAGAAUUGGCUCGUUGGGCGGCUCCUGGCUCAUCGGAGGCUAGCGGUGCAUUAGUCACCAGUUCGGGAUCGGGCGAACAAAGUGGGCAGACUGGUUACGGACAGUUCCCAUCGUCACCCGAGUCGUCGCCAGAGCUGGUUGAUUUACAUGAGCAUUUGCUGGCACAUUCGGAUUCAGGCUCGUCAACCAAGGUGGAUGACGAUGGAAGAGCAGGUGCAGCUACUUAUGUCCCAGAGAUGACGAGAUGA